AUGAGUAACUUGAAAAAUAUAUUUGGCUUCUUCAAAACAAAUGAAAAUGAUGGUGAUACAAAAAAUGACCAAGCAAACACAAAUGGACAGGAUAACCAAAAUGAACAAGACCAAAUAAGUAAAGACAUCUCAAGUCUCCAACAACUUUUUAACACCACUCGAAAUAAUGAACCAGUUGAAAAAGACCAAAAUAUACAAAAGGAAAAACAAAAUAAAAUUAAAAAAAGUAAAAAAAAAGAAAAAAUCAAUGAAAAAAAUCAAGAACAAGAGAAAGACAUAACAAAACCAAAUUUAGAGCAAAAUGAAAAUAGUGACUUUUCCGAUGAAGAAAUAAAAGAUAUCGGAAAUAUAGAUAUAGAAACUGUAAGUGCCAUUUUUAAAAUCAAUAAUAAAUCACAAAGUGAUACUAAAAAAAUAAUUUUAGAAUUAAAAAGUGCAUUAAAUAUUACUGAAAAACCAAAUGAAGUCAAAAUAAUUAAUGGAAUAAAUCAAGAUGAAAUAAAUGUAUUAGAUAAUUGGUAUAUUUCAAAUAAAAUGAAAAUUAUUCCAUGCUUAUUUGAAGAUAAACCAUUAAAUUCGGGAUUACUAAAUAGUUUAUAUGCUAUUGAUCCAUCCUUUAAAAAUAAAAAAAUUAAAAUAAUUAGAUACUUAAAAUAUACAAAAAAGGUAUAUGAACAAGUAUUAAAAAAAUGUUCUGAAAUAAAUAAAGAAGAAAGAAAAGAAAUUUGUAAAAAUACAAUCUUAAAUAUUCUACAUAAUGAUAUACAAAAUAUAAAUGAUAAAAAAUAUAUGGAACAAAUUAUUAUACUAAUUAAUAAAGAAAAAAAUUAUAUAAAUCUAAAAUUCUAUUUUCAAUUUUUAUUAAGUUUAUCCAUAAAUUUUUACGAUCUAUUUGUUGAACUAAAUGGAUUAAGUUCCCUUAAAAAUAUUUUACAAAAUAUAGCCAAAAAAAAUAUUAUUAAAAAAUGUAUACCCCUAAUAAUUCAAAUAUUUAAUCUGUUAAAAAAAUUGAAUAUGACACUAGACCUUUUAAAGAGUACCCUAAUUGGAAUCCCUAUUAAUCUAAUUGCUAAAAAUAAACAAGAUAUCAAAAAUAAUCUAAAUUAUAUCACCGACAAUCCUCAAGUUCAAAACAUUGCACAAGAGAUAGUCGACAAAUGGCGUUCCAUACGUGACCAAAGUAUAAAAGAAAUCCAAAAAGAAGAAAAUAAUCAAGUAAAGAAAGUGCAUGAUAUAAAUAGUACCGAAGCAAGGAAUGAAAACGGUUUAAAACAAAGUGCAAACAAUUAUACCACCGCUAAUCUAUUGCAAUAUGAUAGAGAAAUAAAUUCUGAUGCAAAAAAAAGUAAGACUGCCCAAUCCAAUGAAGGCAAAAAUAUCAUGCUCGAAAUCAUAGACACAAUAAAUGAAGAAUAUGAAAAAAAAAAAAAAAGACACUUAGAAUAUAAAAAAGCUAAAAUCGAAGGAAAAAUAAAAAAAUUUAGUGCUAUGAAAAAUACUACUGAAGAAAAUAAAAGUACUGAUCUAUUAAAUGAUAUUAUAAAUAUACAAAAAGAAGUAGAAUUAGAACAAGCAUUAAAACAAAAAGAUAAACGUCUAAGCAGCUUAUAUCCUGGUGGAAAUAAAUUUGGACCCAAUAAAAAUAGUAUAAACAAUCGUAAUUUAGUUAAUUAUAAAAAUGAAAAAUAUAUUAACAAUCCGAUGGAUGCAAAUCCAAAUUAUAUAAACAAAAAUAGAGAGCGAUACCCAGAUAAUCAUCCACACUCAAAUAAAUAUAAUAAAUAUGAAACCAAUUUCAAAAAUAGACCCAUGGAAAAUCAAAAUUAUUUAAAACAUAAAAAAGGAUUCUCAGACUCACCACAUAGAUAUAAUGAAUAUAAUGACAAUGAAAUGUAUGAGCAAGAAUAUAUGUCAAAUAAAAAUUAUAAUGAUAGACAUAAUAAGUUUCAAAAUAAAAGAAAAAGUAAACAAUAUGAUAAUUAUCCAAAUAAGUUUUCAAACUAUCCAAACAUAACUAACAAACAUAGUGAUGAACUAAAAAAAAUAAGCAGCUUAUUUUCUAAUAAUAAUAAUAAUGCUAAAGAAGAAUUAGAUGACUCCUUAAGUGUCAUUUUUAAAAAUUAUAAUAAAUUUGAAAAAAUAAAAGAAAGACAUCACCAACAUAUUUCAUCAAUUUAUUAUCCUCCAAGAAUACUUGAUGAUACAGAAAUAUCGAAAACUGAUUUAAUAAUUAAAUUUAAUUAUAAUAAACAAAAUAAACUAUCAAUAUAUUUAAAAUAUAAUAAUGACUCAAAUAAUAUUACCAACAAUUUUAAUGUUUUACAAAUGCCUGAAUUAUUUCCAACUCCAGAUUUAAAUUUACUUAAAUUACCACCUAUCCCUAUUAUAUCCAAUUUUACACAAUCACAAAAUAUUUCAUCUAAUAUUUUUCCAUAUGACAAUCAAACUAUUCAAUCCUCACUCUCCGAUGGUAAUAACAGAAAUCUCACUAACUCCUCAAUCAAAAAUAAAAUUUACAACAACUUCGACGAAUUUAUCAACAUCUUUGAUGACAACAUUAAGCAAAUACUCCUCAAAAACAUGGACCUAGCCAAUUUGCUGAUGAGCAAGCCUGAUGUUGUAAACAAAAUGCUCAAGGGCCCCCAAUAUAUUAAUGAGGCCUUAUGCUCAUUGGAAGAAGAGCUCAAAAGCUGGGGAAAGCCAAACCCAAUUUCUUAA